AAGCAAAGAAAAUGUAGUGAUUGAAUCUGCCAUGCUCUCACAUUUGAAACAAAACUUAUGUAUCCAGUGUCAAGAAAACAGACACAGGAGGUAUUCAGUCUCCUGCAGACAGAUAUGGAAGCUGCUGCUGCUGCUGCUCUCACCGAUGACACUGAAGCUGGAUAGAUCAGUCUGGAACCAGAUGUCAGCAGCAUGUUACCUUAACUAGCCCUGAACUUUCCACGUUUACAGCUUCACCCAUCCCUGUACAAUCCUGUCUCUCCACUUGGUGAAGAUGUAGUCAGUUUGAUCUCUAUGGAGAUGUCUCCAAACACAGUCUCCCCUGUCUUGUUGCCAUGGUCACUGUGGUUACUGUUCUUCCUGACCCCUGUCACCCAGGCAACCAACUCUAGCCGCACACCAGAAACUUCUCUGCCAGUCAACACCACGCUGUUGUUUGACAGUGGUGCCCCGGGGUACAACCUGCGAAACUGCAGUUGCUCCAUACCUGUCCAGGACUGUGAUGAGGCUCUGGCCAACUCACUGUGCAGAUGCCACACCGUUUUGCGCUCCGCUCUGCCCCUUGUUGGACUCCGAGAGCUUGGACGACUUAACUUGUGGGUGAAGGAGCUCUGGGUCCUGGAGGAACUGCUGAACAGGAGCAUGGUUGGCCAUUUGCAGUUGUCUUUUUGUGGAAUACAACCAAUGGUAAGUCAGUAUCUGGUUCUGCUAGGUCUCCGGACCCUCAGGAUACACAGUGCAGCACCAGAAGCUCCCUACCCCAACCAGGAAAUUACAAUCUCCCCAUCAGCAGGGGUUGCAGUAGAGCUAGAGGCCCUCUCCUUCGACUUCUCCUCCUCUUUCCACGUGACCUUGGUGGAUGUGGCUAUUCUCAACGGGCUCUCUGCCCUAAAGGCAUACAGUGUAAUGGGAAUACCUGCUCAUGCCCUCUCCCAGCAGUUCCCCUACCUGGCCUUACCUUUUACCCUGCCAUCCUCUACUACUCCUGAUUACCCUAUGGACCCCAGCAAGCAAGCUGUAGAGUCUCUGCAGAAUCUGCUUUUUACCUUUGUCUACUAAGGUCUCAUGGUCAGGUUUGAAGUUCAAGUUACAAAUGAUGCACGAAAUUAAAUACACACAUGAUGUUUUUUGCUCUCAUUUUGCACAUGAAAAGUUGCACAUCUGGAAUAUAUUAUUACUUUUUUUAUGACUGAUGUUGUUGGUUUGGCCCAAAAGUGGCUUUAAACAGUAAUGCAAUUUCCUAAAGGAGACUGUUGACUUCUACAUGUGUGCUCUACUUCUGCUGUUUCUUCAAUCCCUGAAAUGAACUGCCUUUAAUUGUCUGCAGUCAUAAGAGACAAGUUUUUGGAUGUUUACACCGGCUACAAUUUCAAGCCUUACUUCAGCAUAUUUUGGGUAUGAACCCAAUACAAAAGCAAUGUUGAUUUGCUAACCAGGAACCAGGUGGCUGUAAUGAUCGUGAUUCCUAGAUUAUAAAUGAUCUGGUCUAGUUAGAUGAUGCUGUGGGUACACUGUGCAUGUAUAAAUAUUAUCUCAUAGCCCUGUUAUGGCUAUACUGCAAUGAGUCCGAGUCAUUUUCAAAAUGAACACUUCUACCAUAAGCAGGACAUCAACAUGUACUCAUACCUAAACAUAUCGCCAGUUUAAACACAAACCUGUGAAAUGGCUGCAGUUUAUUAAGGCAACAAAACUACUUGCUUAUGGUUAGGUGGAAAAAUGCAUGGUUAGGUAUAGCAAAAGACAGUUAAAAAGGAAAAAUACAUGGACAGAACUACUGGAAUGGAGGUCGUUACUUAGAUGCCAUCAAAAGUGACGUAGCUCCACACAGGCUACUGAUAAAGUUCAGUUACAUUCAUCCAGAUAUCAAUGUUGGCUUUUGGUUUGGUCUCCUGGCACCGGGUCCUGUGUUUGUUUCACUAUCCCUCCGUUUUUGGACCUUUUUGUUCUUUUUAUACUGCAUCAUUGUUUCUGCCUUUGCUUUAACGCUCCGUAACAUCUGUUAUAGCUUGGUUGCCUUCAUAAAUACUGAUCCCUAGCGCUAACUACAAACGUACAUAUGGGGCAUGGAGAAGGUUGUUAAUUAUUCAAUCUCAUGCCCAGGUCAUCAAAUACCAACACAUAAGGUUUGUGUACCAUCACCAAACACGACCUGAGAAUGAGAUUCCAGAAUAGCAUACUGCACCUUUAAACUGCUGUACAAGCAACAGGCUUUGGUGUUUUGUGUAGGACAGUCUCAUAUAUAGGAAAGUGUUUUACAUGUACACAUUGUACAGAUUCUUGUUACAAAUGUUGGUCACAUUUAACUCAAUAAGGCACUCAUUAUAAAGGGACUGAAAAGUGAUGGCUAUAUAAAUUAUUACAAAAUAAUUUACUAAUGCUUUAAGAACACAUGACUGUUAACUGGAAACCUCCUUAAUACAGUCUGUUGUGCUCAUGGACUGUACAUUUUUAAUUCUAACUGGUCAUUACAGUUUAAAUAUUACAUUUUUUUUCGUGCAUUCUGAAUGUUGUUUAUUCAUUGGCAAAUUAAAUAGAAAGUAUUAGUAACCAUAGGAGUAAACCAUUAGUUGCAACAUCUUUAUGAAGGUUUUUUUAAAUCAGAAAAUGGUAGCAAAAGGAAUUCUAGCAAACUGACAUGCUUAAACCUGUACUUAUUAAAUAGAAUGACGUUAAGUGAUCUAUAAAGCAUUAGUAAAUUAUUUUAUUAACCCUAACUGGAAGUCAUACAUGCUAUUGUUACACCUGACAUUUUGUGUGUCCACAACUGACCUGCUGUUCCUACAUGACAUCUUCCCAUCCGCUACCGUUCAUAUUUGAUCCAGAUGAUCUGACAGCAAUGUGACCACAAGCUAGUUAUUGCAUAGCCAGAUGUGUCCACGAAUACUCCCUGGUGUGAUCAGAUGUCACACAGUGAGAUGUUCCAUAUGUCACUCCCAGCUGCCAAGUGGAUGUGAUCCACUCCCAUCCAGGUGUUUUCAGAUUUAUUAGGGAAGCAGAAUAGCAUGGACAGUGGCGAGGAGGUCUUUGCAGUUGUUUCUUGAGUUUUACAAGUAGACAGGGUGAGAAAUUAAAGGAAAAAGUGGAAUAAAUUAGUGUAGAAUCAGAACAAAUGCAAUGAAGUGCUUCCAUACAAGACACAGUGACUCAAUGUUGACUAAAAUGUUGGAUCAAUGUAACUCUCCAUAACCAUCAUCAAACACCAAAUGAGACAAUAUCUUUUGGAAGAAUUGCAUUAAUUGCUCUUGCUCUUGAAUGGCAUUGUUGCUCUCUUCUUGUGAAAAACUUGAUUGUUGAAAAUAAGAAAAAAAACUGUUUAUUAACCCCAUAAAAUUCUACCACCUUCUGUUUUUGGAGAGCUGGUGGAUAGGGGGACUCUGCAGGAGACAGCAGGUCAACAGUAGAUGGCAUAUAAAAGUCGUGUAUAUCAUCUGAAUGCUGCAAACCUGAAGAUUCAUUUGAGAUGCAGCUUAACACUGUAUGCAGGGGUGGACUGGAAAAAAAUCGGCCCUGGCAUUUUUGGCCCAGACCAGCCCCCUAAUCGUUCGAGUGCCACUCACCAGUGCACCAUUCCUGUUGUCCCCUUAAAGAUAAUGGUUCUGUUCCCCAAAACCACCACAAAGUGCAGCAGUAAUGUUGUGGAUUAACUCACUCUGGGCUGUCUCCCUGGUGGUCAGAGGUGACUGAACAAAGAUGAACUGUUGCAGGAUCCUGGGAUGAGACAUGAUCUAUGAUAAAUUACCGUAUUUCCUCAAUUUAGAGCCCGCUCCCUAUUAAUGACUGGCCUCAUUUAGUAACGGGGUGUAAAAACAAUUUUUAGUAAAUAAAAGCCGGCCUCUUUUAUAAGCCGGGUGUCUUACCGGUGUUAUAUCAAAGUCUCCCGCUGUCCUAGUCAUUCUCUGUAAAGUCGAGCCGCUUACGCACGUUCUUCUGGGCUUUUUAGUAGUUUACACAUUUUAAAUCCUGCUUAAAAUGAACAUUCAGCGUGCUGUUCAUUGUUUGUUUACAUCCGAGUACUUCCAAUAUGGCUGACAUCUGGGUAACUGGCUACAAUGCGCUGUGUAAAACACUCUAAAAAGUGCCGGUCAGAGCUGCUCUGUUUUUCUUUUUUUAAUAAAAGCCUCCUUCAAAUAAUAGCCUGUUCCUAUUAUUAGCCGGGUCCCAAACUGAUUUUUUAUUAAUAGAAGCCCCGGCUACUAUUUGAGGGAAUACGGUAUAAAUUAAAUGACAGAUUCAGAUUAUCAGAAUAUAUUCUGGGGGAAGAGUUUUUAAUGGAUGAUAUACUCACUACAUCAAAAUGUCGCCUGUGAAUUCCACAACAGAACAUAUCAAACAAGUCAACCUGUAAAAGAGUAAGGGGGAGACAGAGACAGAAAGUUGAGAAAUGAGUUGAUGAAGUUAGAUAAUCACAGCACUGGUACCUUUAAUUGUGAAAAAUGUAGGGAGAUACUUGCAUCAUAUAUUGUAUACAGUACUUACUUGGUGGAAAAGGCUGCAGGGCUCCAGACAACAAGUGAGGGGAUCCUGUAAGAGAGGGUGAGAGGUUCAGGCUAGAGGCAAACAGAGCUGCCUGCUACAUUGCAAUGAAUAUUUUGAAAAUAAUUGUAUUUCACCUAAUAAGGCUACAAGAGCAUCUUUCUCAACAGCUCACUCUUCUCAGCUACCCAGUCGACGACCAUGUCCAAUGCCAUUAGAAUGUCUUUCACGGUGGCCAUCAACAUAACAUUUCUUGCCUGUUUGCCGACAGGCUGCUCCGAAGCCUGUUUUUAAUAAAUUUGAGCGUUGAGAAUGUUCUUUCACAGGCCACCUGAGUCAGGGAAAGGGUCAGCAGGUUUUUGUAUGCAAGCCAAAGGAGAUGAUAUGCAUCUGAGUACAUGAUGAACCGUCUGAGUGAUAACAGCACAAGAACAGCUUGUAUUCACAAUGUCAGUUUCUUCUUCCUGUUCUUCACAUCCAUCUUCCACUGUUCUUGUCUUGUACUCAUCCACAUGUGAUGCCUUAAGCCUGUCCCACUGUCCAGCAAAACUUUUCAGUUCUCUCUGUAGAUUGGCCACCGGAGCCCUGCUGUAAAAUUUGAGCAGACAUUUACAAAGUUCUUGGAAUGCAUUACUGGGAAGAGUAAUAGUCCUGGUUUUAUCAGGUGUCCUGGGGUCCAGCCAUGCCGAAUCAGCAAAGAGAGUUCCAUGUGUUAAAAAUCGUCUGUGGAUGGCCUCGAUUGCUGUGUCCAUGAUGGUGUUGUGCACAUUUACUUUGUAUGCUCUCUGCAUUUGUUAAUGUCUCAUCUUGAGACAUCUCUCCAGCCCUGCUUUUCUUCUUUUUUGACCUUGACUGAGGCAGUGUAGCCUUCCACGUCUGUUCUUUCUUCCCCCUCAUCAAGUUCUUAAUUUGUCCAUUUCACAAAUGUGUCUGCAGCUGCCUUUACAGUACUGAAACCCCUGGCAAUGCUUUUGAGGCUCUCUUGUUUGGCAAUGACUAUCCGAUGGACAGAGAGGAUGUCCAUCCCUUUGGUCUGGAGGUAGUUGGAAAGUGGGGUGGUUUGCUCAAAUACUCUUAGGAAUAACUGUGUUGUUAAGAUUGUUACGUAUUUCAAGAGGCCCUCCUUGAAGCCUUGUGCUUUGGCACGCACAGUUUGGCUUUUCUUUUGCUACUAUUCAAUGGCUUCCAGUGUGAGCACUGCAUCAAUGAAGAGGCCGUUCUCUGGUUUCUCAAUAUGCCCAAACACUUUUUGGAGAGCAUCAUGUUUGGCCCACCAUCAUGUCUCUCCAAUCGGUCGAGGCGUCUGUGGCUCUUGUUGUGGCUUUGUUUUUCCCACUGAUUGACCCUUUGAUAGGAGUCCCUAGUGAACACUGUAAUGUCAUUGAGCAGAAUGAACAGUGAUCCACUUUCAAUAACAGUUUGAGUCGUGUCACCUAGCACAAGAUUUAGUACAUGUGCAUAGCACCACGCAUGCACAUGAGUAGGAGACUGGGAGGUCUGAAAGACUGUAAGAGCUUAGAGCUUUAUGAUAUGAGUAUAUGAAGGCCAUUCCCAUGCUCAACUGUGUAUCUCAUAAGUGCAGCACUUUUUGGCUUGAUGCCAUUUGUGUUAAAAUUGACUUUUUUUCUCACUUGAGAAUUGAAAAAAGGUCAAAAAAAUCCCUCCGAGAGCAUUCAGAGGACGUGCAGCUGUCCUCUGUAUAUUGACAAUUAGGGGAUUUUAUGCGUUUGUAAUAUAGAAUUCAGAAAUCUCCAAAAUGUCUCCUUUUUUUUCAAACCAAAUCACAUCAUGAAUUGAUAUGUGGUGUUCCACGGGUCUUGUUUUAUUGAUGUAAUAUUCUGGAGGGGUUUUUGAUUAUUUUUAUCCAUUCUUGUUCAGUAGAACAUGUGUUGUACCCCAAGAUUGCUGCAACAACGUAUGGGGCAUAGUUGAGCAUGGAGAGCUACACAUUCCCUUAUAAACCUCAAUAGGUUUAAUUAAUUAAUUAAUUAAGUCAUUAAUCAUUUUUAUUAGACCAGAACAACAGUGCCUGCAUCUCAAAUCUCCCCAGCUUUCAGAUGUGUACACAACUUUUAUGUGACAUCUACUGUUGAUCUGCUCUCUUCCACUGCCACCACCCCCAAUCCUCUAUAAAGGGGGCUGAACAUAAGGGGUUAAGAAAAAGAGUUUGGUCGAUUUUUUAAUUUUUUUUUUUUUUUUGUGCUGAGGCUUAGCAGAGUCUUCUAACUUCAUUGGGACCACCACAGUCAUUCCAGUGGGACUCAGAGUCAUUUACCCUUUUAUUCUCCUUAGAUGGUUAAUCUAGCCCUGGAUACAUGGGUGAAAAGAUUUCUACCCACUUUUGGUCACUUUUGGCAAACUUUAAAUGGCUUUUUAGAUGUUUGUGUUGUAUAAUUUGUUUAUUUUACACUAUGUUUUUGGGUGGAUUGCAGCAUGUGGCAGGUCUUGCAGUACACCUACAUGUUAAAGUACUGUACAAUACAGUCCCAGUGAAUUAGGUGCUGUGAUGAAAGGAGAAAGCUAAAAGACAAAUCCCUGGUUCAGAGAUCAAUAGAGAAUCAUAAAAAACAAGAUGUACUGUGGCAGCUGACUGCAGUGAACACUGGAACCAAUCGGAACAAUCCAGUGUGGCUCAGAGUCUGAGCCACACUGGUUGACAAUGUUGUGUCUGGGAGGGAAAUUUGAGAGUGCUACUUUGUUGGAGAUAUUUUAAAAAGUAAAUUAUAGUAAAAGUUGUCAUGCCCAUGGUAAAAACAAAAAUAUAUUAGAAAACAAAAAAUGGAAGACAAUGACUGUGUCAGUCUACUGUGGUAAGAGCGUACAGAGAGGUGCAUUGUGAAGGCUGAUGCAUUUUUCAGCUACUCUUAUUGAGUCAGAUGGCCCAAUAAAACAAGUUGUUUUGAAACAGGUUAAAUGGAGAGCCAGUGAACAAGAGUCCCAGGGUAAGGAUCCUCCCAACCAGCCAACAAACCCCACUCAGUUUGGACCGAAACAAUGUCCUUGAUUCUGUUGGAUGUGCGCUUAAAGUUAGCAAGGCUUAGGACAAGGAGAAGACAGGGAAGUGAGGAGAAAUUUCUCAAGAAUCAUGUUGGACUCAAUUCACUUACUUUACAGCUGGUUGUUGCAAGCCAAUCUGAAUUUUGCUGAAUUUCUUAAAUGGUCUGUGUUUUUGUUUCUGGAUAAGUUUGCAACAACUUCAACAAAAUUAGAGAGGAGUCAGAGGACAGUUUGAGAGAAAAAGUUAAAAUGGAAUAUAUAAUAAGUCUUUCCUUCAUUUUUCAUGCUCUCUUUCCCUUUCCCUUUCCCUUUCCCUCUCUUUCCGUUCCAGCUCAUAUCCUGUGAGAGACUUUGUUAAAGCUGCUCUUACAAACACAAUCCAGGGCCAACUGUUCCGCAGAUCAUUCAGUGACUGUUCUCGGUCUCUGUGAUUCUGUGUGUGUUUGCACGCAUAUGCAAGACUGAAGGCAUGAGCCUGAGUGUGUCUUUGUAUGUGUAUGUGUCCAUAUGUUUCCAUCCCUUUUGCCAACAUAACAAUUACUAUAACAAGUCAUGUUCAUGGUUUAUUUACAUCAAAUAA